CUGAUCGUUCAUGGAGAUGUGAAAAACCUUUUAUUAUAGCAAUUUGUGUUUAAAAUAAAUUAAUAAAAUAAAAUUCAUUUAUUAAUAAUUAAUAGAGCAAAAUGUUACGUCAAAUUACAACUGCACGUUUCUCGCAACUCUCGCUGGUGCAGCAGGCACAGCGGCGCGGUUAUCAAAGUGUGAACGGUGUUUACGGUUAUAGGCCGCUACCCAAGCGUAUUUUUCGAGUGGCUGAUGAAGUGCUCCAAUCGAGGAAUGCCCAAGGCAAUGUUUAUCGUUUGGUGGAGGCCUAUCGCAAGCAUGGACACAAAUUGGCAACUGUCAAUCCCAUCAGCCUCAAAGACCAGCAAAGCCUUACCAUUGAUGAGCUGAAUCCACAAUAUUAUGGGCUGACACCGGAUCAGACAGUACAACCGCAGGGCUUAAUAAGUGCGCCGCUGUUGCCCGUGGGCGGUCCAGCUACGGUAACAGAAUUGGCAUCAUUACUGCAGGAAAUUUACUGUGGUUCGGCGGUUAGUGCGGAGUUCGACUAUAUCGAGAACCUCGAGGAACGCGAAUGGCUAGCGCACCAUUUUGAACAACUAGCCGUUGGAAAACAACGUCAGCAAUCAGAUUUUACCGUUAGUAACGAUGCUCGCCGCCAAAUAGCCGAACUAUUAAUCAAGUCACAAACAUGGGAUAAUUUUAUGGCCAUACGAUUUGCCAGCGUUAAACGUUAUGGUGGUGAGGGUGCUGAAAGUCUGUUGCCCUUCUACUGGCAGCUAUUGCGCAGCGCGGCUCAAGCUGGCAUUGAAGAUAUUGUGGUGGCAAUGCCUCAUCGCGGCCGCAUGCCUUUGCAAACGACUAUGUUGAAUAUGCGUCCGGCGAAAAUUUUCCAUAAGCUCAGCGGGGAGUCGGAGUUUCCGGAUGAUGCACCAGCGAUGUCGGAUACUUUAAGUCACUUUCAUACUUCUGAGGACUUGGAAGUGGACGGAAAAAAAUUGCACAUAAGUUUAAUAAGAAAUCCGUCUCAUUUAGAGGCAGCGAAUCCAGUAUCUAUGGGAAAAACUCGUUCAAAACAACAAACCGUGGGCGAUGGCGCUUUCAGUGAUGAUCCGGAAAAACCCUUUGCCACAACAGUACUGAAUGUGAUUGUUCAUGGUGACGCUGCAUUUGCGGGUCAAGGUGUCAAUCAAGAGUGCCUAAAUAUGGCCUACGUACCACACUUUGAGGUGGGCGGUAGUUUACAUCUGAUUGUGAAUAAUCAAAUCGGAUUUACAACGCCCGGUGAGCGUGGACGCUCCACCGAUUAUACUUCGGAUUUGGCCAAAACUAUACAAGCGCCUGUUUUUCACGUCAAUGGUGACAAUCCGGAAAUGGUGGUCUUAAUAACACAAUUGGCAAUGCAAUAUCAACGAGCGUUCCGUAAGGAUAUCUUCAUUGACAUGAACUGCUUCCGACGUUGGGGACAUAAUGAGAUGGACGAUCCGACCUUUACAAAUCCAAGUGUUUACCAAAUCAUACACAAUCGCAAAUCUGUGCCAGAUUUAUAUACGGAAAAACUAGUACGAGACGGCGUGUUAACUACUGUACAAGCUGAGGCGAUGCGCACCGAUUACUGGAAUUAUUUAGAUGCGGAAUUGAAAUUAUCCGAAAGCUAUAAGCCCGAGGCGAAUUACUUUAAGAAACAAUGGACUGGUUUAACUAGCGCCACAGAUCAGCUAACCGUUUGGGAUACGGGUCUUGAUUAUCAACUACUUAACUACAUCGGACAUCAGAGUGUCCAACUUCCUGAAGACUUUAACGUGCAUCCACAUCUGCUAAAAACACAUAUCGAUGGUAGACGCAAGAAACUUGAUAGCGGCGAAAAAAUUGACUGGUCUACUGCAGAAGCCUUGGCUAUAGGCAGUCUCAUGUAUCAGGGCCACCAUGUGCGUAUUAGCGGUGAGGAUGUAGGGCGCGGCACUUUCUCACAUCGUCACGUAAUGUUGGUCGAUCAGAAGACCAAUGAAAUGUAUAUACCGCUAAAUAGCCUGAAAGGCGGUCACGGUGGCAAACUUGAAGUGGCGCACAGUAUAUUAUCCGAAGAGGCGGUAUUGGGUUACGAGUACGGUAUGGCUAUAGAUGAUCCGCAGAAGUUGAUUAUUUGGGAGGCACAAUUCGGUGAUUUUGCCAAUGGUGCACAAAUAAUGAUCGAUAACUACAUUAUAACGGGAGAGACCAAAUGGAUGGACUCAAAUGGUUUGGUUUUACUACUACCACACGGUUAUGAUGGCGCUGCAUCUGAGCAUAGUUCCUGCCGCAUUGAACGUUUUCUACAAUUGUGUGAUUCCAAAGAAACCGCACCCGAUGGUGACAACGUAAAUGUAAACAUUGUUAAUCCCACUACAUCUGCACAGUACUUCCAUGUAUUGCGUCGACAGUUAUUGCGUAAUUUCCGCAAACCACUCGUUGUGGUCGCACCGAAAAUAAUGUUACGUCAUCCAGCUGCCACAUCCACACAUGUCGACUUCCAGCCGGGUACACAUUUCCAUAAUGUGUUAGGUGAUCCCAUCAUCAAUGCCGACCAAGUACGUAAAGUCAUCAUCUGUUCGGGCAAGCAUUUCUUUGUAUUAGAUGAGGCACGCAAAACAAAAGGCAUCAACGACAUCGCUCUGAUACGACUCGAGUCAUUGUGUCCUUUUCCAGCCUAUGAACUACAACAAGAGUUAGCCAAAUAUAAGCAGGCAAAAUCCUUUGUGUGGAGUCAAGAGGAACAUCGCAAUAUGGGUGCUUGGAGUUUUGUGCGUCCACGUUUUGAGUGCUUGAUUGGCAAAGAGUUAAAUUAUGUUGGUCGUGCGGAAGCAGCCACUACAGCAACUGGCAUUGGCAAAGUCCAUAAACGAGAGGUGGAAGAGAUUAUCGCCAAGUCUUUAAACUAAAUGGAACUCUGUAGUAAAGGACACUUUUGCUGAUUUGAAUGUGCAUUUAUAUACUUGAAUGAUUUGAUUGUGAAAACUAAAUACUAUUUUAUACACCGUUAUAACAUUA